AUGGCUCAAAACUCUGCCGCCCAAAUCCCCAUUGGGGAAUCUACCACCCCCUCAACCCAAACCCCACCCCAGGCUGGACAGGAUGCUUCUGUGCCAAAAGUGAAGACCGAGAAAGAGCUGGAGCGCGAGCGCAAGAAGGCUGAGAAGGCAAAGAAGUUUGCUGAGAAGCAGGCGGCUAAAGCCGCCAAGCCCGCUGCUGCUCCCAAAGCCGAAAAGAAGGUGAACAAGGUUGAGAAGGAAAAGACCGCCGAUGCGUACGACCCCAAGGUUAUUGAGCCUGGUCGUCUCGAAUGGUGGGAAGAGCGUGAUCUGUUCAAGCCAGAAUGGGGUCCUGACGGCAAGGUCAAGCCCGAGGGCUCCUUCGUUAUUCCCAUUCCCCCACCUAACGUUACCGGUUCCCUCCACAUGGGUCACGCCUUGACCAACGCCUUGCAAGAUACCAUGAUCCGCUGGCAGCGCAUGAAGGGCAAGACAACCCUUUGGCUUCCCGGAAUGGACCAUGCCGGUAUCUCUACCCAGAGCGUUGUCGAGAAGAUGCUGUGGAAGAAAGAAAAGAAGACCCGUCACGACUUAGGACGUGAGGCCAUGACUAACUUGAUUUGGGACUGGAAGGAAGAAUACCACACCAACAUUAAGAACGCAUUGCGGAGACUCGGUGGCUCGUUCGAUUGGUCGCGUGAGGCGUUCACCCUGGACCCUAAUUUGUCCGCUGCCGUGACUGAGACCUUCGUUCGUCUGCAUGAGGAGGGAAUCAUCUACCGUGCAAACCGUCUGGUCAACUGGUGUGUUGCUCUUAACACUUCGUUGUCCAACCUCGAGGUGGAGAACAAGGAGAUUGAGGGCCGUACGCUUCUGGAUGUGCCUGGUUACGACAAGAAGAUCGAGUUUGGUGUCCUGACUCACUUCUUCUACGAAAUUGAUGGAUCCACUGAGCGCAUUGAGAUUGCCACCACUCGUCCGGAGACCAUGGUCGGUGAUAGUGGUAUUGCCGUGCACCCUAAUGAUGACCGCUAUAAGCAUCUCAUUGGCAAAAAUGCGCGCCAUCCUUUUGUGGACCGUCUGCUUCCGAUUGUUGCUGAUGACAGCGUUGAACCGGAGUUUGGUACCGGUGCUGUGAAGAUUACCCCAGCCCACGACUUCAACGAUUUCAACCGUGGCAAGCAGCACAACCUCGAGUUCAUCUCCGUCAUGAACGACGAUGGUACCUUCAACCAGAACGGUGGACCUUUCGCCGGCAUGAAGCGUUUCGAUGCCCGUUACCACGUCAUUAACGCCUUGAAGGAGAAGGGUCUUUACUCUAAGUGGGAACACAACCCCAUGAAGGUGCCCCGUUGCGCCAAGUCGAACGAUGUGAUUGAGCCCAUCCUGAAGCCACAGUGGUGGAUGAAGAUGGAGAGCCUUAUGGGUCCUGCUAUCAAGGCUGUGGAGGAUGGCGAGAUCAUCAUCCGUCCCGAGAGUGCCGAGAAGAGCUACUUCCGCUGGAUGAACAACUUGAACGAUUGGUGUCUGUCUCGUCAGCUCUGGUGGGGUCACCAGGCCCCCGCCUACUUUGUUAAGAUCGAAGGCGAGCAUGGUGAUGACAGUGACGGCAACCUUUGGGUUACCGGCCGUACUGAGGAGGAUGCUCACAAGAAGGCUGAGGCCAAGUUCCCAGGCAAGAAGUUCUCUCUUGUGCGCGACCCCGACGUGCUUGACACCUGGUUCUCUUCUGGUCUGUGGCCCUUCUCAACCCUGGGCUGGCCUAAGCAGACCCACGACUUUGACAACCUGUACCCUACCUCUGUUCUGGAAACUGGUUGGGAUAUUCUGUUCUUCUGGGUUGCACGUAUGAUUAUGCUUGGAAUCAAGUUGACCGGAAAAGUUCCCUUCAAGGAGGUUUAUUGUCACUCUUUGAUUCGUGACUCCGAGGGCCGCAAGAUGUCCAAGUCCCUGGGCAACGUCAUCGACCCUCUGGAUGUUAUGGAAGGUAUCCAGCUGCAGACCCUGCACGACAAGCUCUUGACUGGUAACAUUGCCGACAAGGAGAUUCUUACUGCUACCAAGUAUCAGAAGAAGGCUUUCCCCAAAGGCAUCCCCGAGUGUGGAACUGAUGCCCUGCGUUUCGCUCUUGUUUCAUACACCACUGGUGGUGGCGAUAUCGCCUUCGAUGUCCAGGUUAUCUACGGAUACCGUCGCUUCUGCAACAAGAUUUACCAGGCCACCAAGUUCGUUCUUGGCAAACUGGGCGAAGAUUUCAAACCUCAGGCCACUGUCACAAAGACUGGUCACGAGUCUUUAUCAGAACGCUGGAUUCUCCACAACUUCAACUCUGCUGCUAAGAAGGUAAACGAGGAUCUUGAGGCCCGUGAGUUCUCUAGCGCAGCCAACACUAUCUACCAGUACUGGUACGGCCAGCUGUGUGAUGUGUUCAUCGAAAACUCCAAGUACCUCUUGGCCGAGGACGCCUCGGCUGAGACCAAGGAGUCCGCCAAGCAGACUCUUUACACUGCUCUGGAGGGUGGAUUGACCUUAAUCCACCCUAUCAUGCCCUUCGUCACCGAGGAGUUGUGGCAGCGUCUUCCCCGCCGCCCCGAGGACAAGACAAUCUCUAUCAUGAGGGCCAAGUUCCCUGAGUACCAGGCCGAGUUUGAUGACCCCGUCGCCUCCGCUGCUUACGAACUCAUCCUCGACACUUCCAAGGUCAUCCGAUCGAUUUUGGCCCAGUACGAGAUCAAGACCAAGGGUGACAUUAUCAUCCAAACUUACAAUGCCACCAGUGACACUACCAUCUCUGAACAGCUGAACACUGUCAAGUCUCUAGGUGGUAAGACACUAGGGGAUCUGUCCCACACCGGCUCGGACAACAAGACUCCUCCUUCCGGCUGCGUUGUUGCUGCCGUCGGUGCCGAGGCUGCUGUGUACCUACGCGUGUCUAAGGAGGUUGCUCUCGAGCAAGAGCAGAAGGCCAAGGACAGCCUUGAGCGAGCCCGCGAGAGCGUUCGCAAGUCCCAGGGCAUUAUGAACGCUCCUAACUGGAAAGACAAGGUCAAGGCCGAGGUUCGCGAACAAGAGGAAAAGCGUCUCCGUGAUUCAGAGAGUGAGGCUGCUCGUUUGGAAGAGCAGAUUAAGGAGUUCGAGAAGCUGCGCCUGGAGUAA